UCUCCAACCUCAAACGCCUCUCAAUUUCUCCAUUCCUCUGUCUCUUCCCGUCUGUCUGCACCCUCCAAACACCCAUCUUCUCAAUUGUCUUCACGCCAGAAGAAUCUCUAUAAAAAACAAGCCUUGAAAAAAUCGACGUCGGAUGAUCUACUACAAGUCCUUGUAUUUUCAUGCAAUCUACCAAUCGAAUAAAACAAAAAAAGAAGCACAUUUCACGUGGAGAAAUGGAUUCUCUUUUUUGGUUUAUACUUGGAAUGUUCGUCGAUUGCUCGGCCUUCUUUAGAAGGCAUGUAAUACCUUUCUGUGCUCUCCUGGAUUAGCUUCAAUCUCUCAAUUUGGCUGAUUGAUGGUUCUUUUAUUGUUUUCUUGAUUUUUUUACUUCUGGAUUUUUACUCUUCUCAUUUUCGGAUCUGAUUCUAUUGUUUCAUGGAGGAUGCUUCAUUGAUGGAAUAGUUUUCAUAGUUGGAAUUUGCUUAUUGGAAGCGGAUAUAUUUGUUUUUUUUUUUUUUUUUUUUCCUUUUUAUUAUCUUUGUAAGUUUGUAUUUUAGUGUUUGGACAGUAUCGGAGAUGAAUUAGCAUUUCCACUACCCAGAUAAGACUUUUUUUUAUUUAAAGUUUUGCUGUUGAAUUUUUUUUACACGUUUUUGUGGGUUUUGGUUCAUUUCAGGCAUUUCGGUAUUAAUAGUGGUUUAAUUUCGAAGGGAUUUUACAUUCUUUAUUUUUUGUGUUUGGGAGUUGGAUUAUGGAAAGGAAGGAUUCUGUGGUUCUGGUUUUUAUUGCUGUUUUAGUAUUUGAAGGGUACUUCUGUGGGAGAGGAUAUGCAGGCACAGUGACAUAUGAUCACAAAGCUCUGGUUAUCAAUGGGCAGAGGCGAGUUCUGCUUUCAGGCUCCAUCCAUUACCCUCGAAGCACAGAAGAUGUCUGGCCAGAGCUUAUUAGGAAAUCCAAAGAAGGCGGACUGGACGUGAUUGAGACUUAUGUUUUUUGGAACUACCAUGAACCUGUAAAAGGACAGUACUACUUCGAAGGGAGGUUCGAUCUGGUGAAGUUCGUGAAGACGGUGCAGGAGGCAGGCCUUUUCGUGCAUUUAAGGAUUGGCCCAUAUGCAUGCGCUGAAUGGAACUAUGGAGGUUUCCCUCUCUGGUUGCAUUUCAUUCCUGGAAUUCAGUUUCGGACGACGAAUACACCUUUUAAGAAUGAGAUGAAGAGAUUCCUUGCGAAGAUAGUACGCAUUAUGAAGGAGGGAAAGCUGUUCGCAUCCCAAGGUGGACCCAUCAUUCUUGCACAGGUCGAAAAUGAAUAUGGAAACGUCGAAUGGGCAUAUGGGGUAGGUGGAGAAUUAUAUGUGCAAUGGGCUGCAGAAGCUGCUAUCGGCCUUAAUACUUCUGUUCCGUGGGUAAUGUGCCAACAAGAAGAUGCACCUGAUCCAAUUAUAAACACAUGCAAUGGGUUCUACUGUGAUCAAUUCACCCCAAACUCUCCUUCCAAGCCCAAGAUGUGGACAGAGAGUUAUAGCGGAUGGUUCCUAGCAUUUGGAAAUGCAAUUCCUUUCAGGCCUGUGGAGGACCUCGCCUUUUCUGUUGCAAGGUUUUUCGAAAUGGGUGGUACUCUUCAAAACUAUUACAUGUAUUUUGGUGGCACUAAUUUUGGAAGGACAGCUGGAGGUCCUCUGAUUGCGACAAGCUAUGAUUAUGAUGCUCCAAUUGAUGAAUAUGGUUUCAUUAGGCAACCAAAAUGGGGCCACUUACGCGACCUACACAUGGCAAUAAAACAAUGUGAAACAUAUUUGGUCAAUUCAGAUCCGACUUAUAUACCGCUCGGACCAAAUUUAGAGGCGCACGUCUACUAUAAAAAACCUGAUGGUUGUGCAGCAUUUCUUGCUAAUAUCGACCAAAAUGUAGAUGCAAAUGUGUCAUUUAACGGAAAUUUUUACAGCCUUCCUGCUUGGUCCGUAAGCAUUCUUCCAGACUGCAAGAAUGUCAUUUUUAACACUGCAAAGGUUGUUUCACAAAGAAGUCUCGGAGAUUUUUCACAUCGCCAAACAAGUUCUGUGAAGGAGACUAUACUGGCAACAUCAAAAUGGGGUUGGUAUAAAGAACAAGUGGGUAUUUGGAGCAACAACUCAUUUACUUCCUCCGGUCUGCUGGAACAGAUAAAUACGACAAGGGAUGUUAGUGAUUAUCUGUGGUAUACGGCCAGCAUUGAUGUGACUGAGAACGAGAAGGAAGUAUAUCUAAAUGUCGCCAGUUUGGGCCAUGCAGCAAUGGUCUUUGUAAAUAAAAGAUUUGUAGGAUUUGGAUAUGGUAAUCACGAAGAUGCGAGCUUUACAGUAACCCAAAAAAUUAUGUUGAAUCAAGGAAAAAAUACACUGGACAUGUUGAGUAUGAUAAUUGGAAUACAGAACUACGGGCCAUGGUUCGAUAUAGCUGGUGCAGGAAUUUUUUCAGUCGCCCUUGUUGAUUUGAUGAAUGCCAAGGAAGAUCUUUCUUUCAAAGCAUGGUCCUAUCAGGUAGGAAUGGAAGGUGAAUAUCUUGGUCUUGAUCAAACAAGUCUGGCAAAUAGCUCGCUAUGGACUAUGGGCAAUUAUCCUCCAGUUAAUCAGACUCUGAUAUGGUACAAGACGACAUUCAUAGCGCCUGAAGGGAAUGGUCCAUUGUCUUUAAAUCUUGCAAGCAUGGGUAAGGGUCAAGCAUGGAUUAAUGGAGAGGGUAUAGGGAGAUACUGGCCUGCUUAUCUCGCACCAACAACAGGCUGCUCCGAACCUUGUGACUACAGAGGAUCAUAUGAUGCAUCGAAGUGCCUAAAGAACUGUGGUCAACCUGCUCAAAUACUGUACCAUAUUCCACGGUCUUGGGUUCAUCCAGGAGAAAAUCUAUUGGUACUCCAUGAAGAACUGGGUGGUGAUCCUUCUAAGAUAACUGUAUCAACUAGAACAGGCCAAGAGAUAUGUGCACUUAUAUCAGAAUCAGAUCCUCUACCAGUCAAUUCUUGGAAGCCAAACUCUGAAUUCAAGCACACAAGCCCAGAAGUCAGACUCGACUGCGAGCGAGGAUGGAAAAUCACUUCAAUUAACUUCGCAAGCUUCGGAACUCCUAAAGGACAAUGUGGAGAGUUUAGCCAUGGAAGUUGCAGUGCUGAAAAUGUUCUUCCGGUUUUUCAGAAGGCAUGCAUUGGCCAUGAGAGCUGUGCAAUGGCUGUCUCGACACUCAACUUCGGGGACCCUUGCGUUGGAGUACUGAAAAGUCUAGCAGUUGAAGCACUAUGCAGUGCAUAGUUUCCGCAUCUCUGGCUUAUUGUACUUUCUCAUUUCGCAAUCUUGCAAUUGCUAGACUCUUCAAGUUUGUGCAUUAAAUUAGCUCUGUAUAGCUAUCUUAACGAUCCAAGUUAGGCGCCUAAGUAGAAUAAAACUGCCAUGGCAGGAUCCUUAGCGGUAUCUGUUUGUUAGGAAUAAAUGAAUUACGUGGUUUGGUUUUCAUU